AUGAAUUUACCGCCACCGUUACCAUUUCUAAAUAUCAUUGGUGAGCAACAGUCGUUGACCAGGGAGGUAAUGGAGGAUUAUUUGAGUAAUCGUCCAAAAUAUGACUGCAUCGUGAGCAUAUUUCAUGCUAAAGUGGCGCAAAAAUCUUAUGGCAAUGAAAAAAGAUUUUUCUGCCCACCACCGUGCAUUUAUUUGUUCGGAGAGGGAUGGAAGCACAAAAAGAAAAUGGCCGAAGAUUUGUACAGACGGUAUCGGGAGUACCAGAAGAGAAAUGGUGAUUACUGUGCCGCGAAAACUCUGUACAUCUCGGAUGUGGAUAAACGCAAAUAUUUCGAGCUUUCUGUUCAAUUCUUUUACGCAUCUGGACAUGAAAUUGGCAUAUUCACCUCGCAAAGAAUUAAAGUAAUCAGUAAACCGAGCAAAAAAAAGCAAAGUAUGAAGAAUACGGACUGCAAAUACCUUUGCAUUGCGUCGGGCACCAAAGUGGCGCUGUUCAACAGGCUAAGGUCACAAACGGUCAGUACACGUUAUUUGCAUGUGGAAGGAGGUGGCUUUCAUGCAAGCUCUACAAAAUGGGGCGCUUUCACCAUUCAUCUGAUUGAAGAUGAUCCGAAUGCAGCAGAAUCCGAAAAUUUCAAUGUUAGGGAUGGCUUCAUUUACUAUGGCGCUUUGGUGAAGCUAGUUGAUAGCGUGUCAGGGAUUGCGCUACCGCGCCUGGUAUCUGUUUUGAUUGAUUACUGUGCUGCGAAAACUCUGUACAUCUCGGAUGUGGAUAAACGCAAAUAUUUCGAGCUUUCUGUUCAAUUCUUUUACGCAUCUGGACAUGAAAUUGGCAUAUUCACCUCGCAAAGAAUUAAAGUAAUCAGUAAGCCGAGCAAAAAAAAGCAAAGCAUGAAGAAUACGGACUGCAAAUACCUUUGCAUUGCGUCAGGCACCAAAGUGGCGCUGUUCAACAGGCUAAGGUCACAAACGGUCAGUACACGUUAUUUGCAUGUGGAAGGAGGUGGCUUUCAUGCAAGCUCUACGAAAUGGGGCGCUUUCACCAUUCAUCUGAUUGAAGAUGAUCCGAAUGCAGCAGAAUCCGAAAAUUUCAAUGUUAGGGAUGGCUUCAUUUACUAUGGCGCUUUGGUGAAGCUAGUUGAUAGCGUGUCAGGGAUUGCGCUACCGCGCCUGGCGGUGCCGGUGGACGAGAAUCGACAUCAGAUUAGUGAUGGUGCAUCAUGGACAAUUAUUUCCACUGAGAAGGCAAGUUUCUCGGGAAUUCAUCCCGCCCCAUAUAACUGGACAAAUGCUGAACGGCGUCUUGUGGGCUUGCCAGAAGCAGAAUAUCGUUUUUAUGAAGCAAUGGGACCAGUACGUGAGCCGGUAACUCCAGUACCAGUUGUCAGUGGCAUGGAGUUGUAUGGUGAAGGUGAUCUUGCUCGUGUCGACCUCACGGGUUCAAACUUCAGGACGAAUCUCAAAAUUUGGUUUGGUACCAUCCCGGUGGAUACCCUUUUCAGGCUUGUUACUUAUUGGUUCUUUCUGCAAUAUUCCUGCUUAAAAAAGGAAUAA